UAGCUUUAAACUUGGACUUCUUUUCCAUUUAAGAAAUACAAACUUCUAACCCUUUGAGGCUGGAAGAAAAGAGAAAGAUAAAGAGGGUUUUUAUAUAUUUUAGAGAGAAAGAUAGUGAGAGGCUGCCAUGGAGGUUACUAGUAAGCUAGUGGAUAUUGUUGUAGAUCAAGAAGAUGAUCAAGUAAUCCUUCCAGGGUUCCGAUUUCACCCGACCGAUGAAGAGCUCGUUGGGUUUUAUCUCCGACGAAAGGUCGAGAAGAAACCGAUCACCAUCGAAAUCAUCAAACAGAUUGAUAUCUACAAAUAUGAUCCAUGGGACCUCCCAAAAGUGAGCAAUGUGGGAGACAAAGAAUGGUACUUUUUUUGCAUAAGAGGGAGGAAGUAUAGAAACAGCAUAAGACCAAACAGGGUGACAGGCUCAGGGUUUUGGAAAGCAACAGGCAUUGACAAACCUAUUUUUUCCACACUCAAAUCACCAAAUUAUAACAACAAUAAUCAAGAUGCCAAUAAUAACAUUAUUGGCCUAAAAAAAUCUUUGGUUUACUAUAGAGGAAGUGCUGGUAAAGGCACCAAAACUGAUUGGAUGAUGCAUGAGUUUAGGCUUCCUUUCAACAAUAUUCCUCAUGAAGAUGCUGAAGUUUGGACCUUAUGCAGAAUCUUCAAAAGAAUCCCAUCCUUCAAAAAGUACAUUCCAACAAACAACAAUAAUGUACUUAAAAAUAAUGAUGAUGAUAAUAAUAAUUUUAAUCAAGUAUCUCUCAUACCUCAAAACCCUAAUAAUUCCAACAUUAUUUUCAAUUCUAAACCUAACACCAAAUAUCAAUCUCAACCUUAUUCAAAUGAUCUCAUACACCUUGAAACUAAGCCAAAACCUUCUAACUUAACCCCACCCUAUGCUUCUUCCUUUGAGCCCUCUUCAAUAUGCCCGUCGAGCUUUUGGAAUGGCGUAGAUGGUGGAGGCGGAGGAGACGAUAACUUCACGAUUGAUGGAGGUUGGGAUGAGCUUCGACCUAUCGUACAGUUUGUCGUUGAUCCGUCUUUCCAACUCUAUGGAUGUAUAUAAACAUUGCCGUACUUGAAACUUUAGAAGUUUGAAUAUAUAAAGAAUGGAAACUUAUAACGUAUCCUUUCAUCAUAGUUUUGAUUUUAGAUUUUACAUAGAGAUGUUCUAAAAAAAAUUAAUGCAAACUACGUAUUUAUGUGUAGUUUUUUUUUUUUUUUUUUUUUUGGUUUAGAGGUAUUAUUUGUAUUGAAGAUUCGAGCUUCUGAUCUUUGUUUAAAAGACGUCAUUUUUUGAUAAUUUGAAAAGUAUGCUAAGUUGAUUAAAGCAUAUUGUAUAUCUAGUAGUUAUUUUACAUGUAUUUUUAUAAUAUUUAGA